GGAACGAAUAUCAGCCAUCUUAUUUUAGUACGUCAUACAGACACCAGUUUCGCUACUGUACUACAAUAUGUGCGUCAUCAAAAUAAUUUGGCACCAGCUGGUUGUAGCAUGACUGUUGCUGUUAUUACUACAUAGGGUAUUAGAUAAUGGACGUGGACGAGUCUAUAGAUCCGAAAGAAUUGAAAGUUACUCUCGAAACUUAUAAGAAAUUGGCUAAUGAUUUUACAAACCACGACACGAUUUUAAAGGAUAAAACAGUUUUGUCAUAUGUGGCAUAUAUCUUAGAAGUACCAGAUGCCGAAAUUGUUAAUUUGGGCUUAGAUAUUUUGGAACUGUUUGUUAAAAAUCUGGACAAUUAUGUACACAUAACCUCUACCUUUGGAGUUCGUGAAGCCUUAGAUGCAGUUAUAAAUAAAUACAAUUUAGAGGAACCAAAGAUAUCUACGCGAGCACAAUCCUUAAAAAAUGAUAUAGAAAGAAUGAAACCACCAAUAUAUAAUUUACACAGUAGAUGUCGUAGGGUCAUAGAACCCAAAAAACUAAAAACACAUGUUAUUGUGUUACAUGUACAAGGUUUAUUACCGGAAACCAGAGCAGAAUUAGAGGCAAUAUUAAUAAGAAUCAAUGGAUUAGUAUCUCUUGUAGUUGAUGUAGAACAUCAACGAGUUACAAUGCGUACUUUAAGUUAUGUCACAGCCAAACAAAUUGCAGAAGCUAUUCAAAAAAAUUCAGAAAAUAUGGAAGCAAGACUAGUGACAAGAAAUAAAUUGAAUCAGGAAUAUCUUGUUAAAUUGAUUCAUACUGGGAACAAUGCUGAUACUGAUGAUAUGCCAGAAUACUUACCUGAAGAGGAUGAACAAGAAGAUGAAAAAGAGGGAGUUGUUUCAUUAUUUACUGGAUUAAGACAAAGUGCUUCAUCAUUGUACAAAUCCACUGCUGAGUUUCUUCAUAAUUCAUUUUACUGGUAAAUUUAUAAGUCAUAGUACAUUAAAUAUAAUUUUCUAUUCUAUUAUUACUAAAUAAUUGAAUAAACAUAGACAGUGUGUGAAAUUGCAAUUUUAUGAAAAAGUACUUUUACAUAAUUUACUUUAAAUUAGUUAAAUUUUAGUAUCAGUCGGUACAUUUAACUUGCAUAUAUUUUUGUUUAUUUUUAAUAUCAAAAUCAUGUGUUACUUUAUCUAAUCAAACAUGCAUGGAAAAAGAUAGUUGGAUCUAAUAAUAAUAUUGAAGAUCUGAGUUACUACUUUAAAUUUCUUGUUAAUUAAAUUGUAUAUACACAAUGUAUUAAAAUUUGUAAUUAAGUGAAAAACAAUGAAAUAUUUAAAAAUUAUAACAUACUAUAAAGUUAGCUGUAAAACUUUUACAUAAUCUACAAUGAAAUUACAAAAGAUAGAAUUAUUACCUUAAAAAAUGUAAAUAAGGUUUUUUCAAACAGAGAUUUUACGUUGUACGUACAUCGAGUUAGUAUUAAUAUUAUAAAAAACAAUUUAUUUCAAAUGACACUGAGCGCCUGAUUUUUGAAUUUUUAUCACUAGGUAUAAAUGAAGUAUUUUCCUACUGUAUGCAUUGUAACUUCUUUUUAUUACUAGUAUGUUUAAAUGCAUGACAACAUGUAUGUUUUAUUGUCGAACAUAGGCUGUGCAAUUAUUUAUUAUAAAUAUUUUAAUAAGUUAAUAUACAUUUACAUAAAGCAAAGUUACAACAUGUUCUAUUGGUUUUAUUGAGUAUAUUUUUUAAUCAAACAAAAAAAACUUUUUCCCGAAUAACAGUGAAUGAAAUUAAUGGACAUGUUACACUUCAUAUAAAAAAAAAGUUUUAUUUUCGUUUUACAAAAUUAAAAUAUACAACAAUACGAAUGAGGUUUAUAAGUAAAACGAAUAAAUCGAUUACUGUAAAUCAACUUUAUUGUUUAUAACACAAAUUUUGUGUACCGCUUCUAUUAUUAAAGAAUAAUAGAACUAGUCAGUUUAGCUGCCACUGCACAAGAAGGAACAAUUUAUGCAACUACUCGCAUAAAUAUAAUAGAUACAAUAUGUAUGAUUAUUAGAAAGUACAUCUCUGUACGUCUUACUAAUUAUUUCAUCCAAAUGAGCACAUCAAAAUGUUAUAAUGUAUCUUAUUAACUAUUCUCUUAAGUUUCUAUCAUAUUGUCUAUAUUUACAAUGUAUAGUAAUUGUCAUUAAGGCAAUUUGAGUUUCAAAGCAGGUACAAUAGAUGGAUGCAGAAUAGUACUUUGGACAACUGAGUUAACUAUAUCAUCUAGUUAUGCAUAUAUAACUGCAAUACUUAUUGUUAUUAAUUUGCAAAAAUGAGUAUGACUUUCAUAUACAGUCCAACACUAUUGUUGAG